CUCGCUGCCUGUGGGCGGGGCUCGGCGAUGCCCCUCAGGCUCGUCACCAUGGGUAGCAAGAUGGCGGCUGCCACCAGGACGGUGCAGGUAGUCAAGCCACAUACUCCAUUAAUUAAGUUCCCAGACAGAAAAAGUGGUCCCAGACCUAAAAUACAGGAAUCUCUACAAGCAAGCAUGCCAUCUGUCCUUGCUUCAAAAGUACAGCAAUCUGUAGGAGGCAUAUCAGCAGCGUUUCAGAAUGUUUCACCUGGUAGUAGAGUACAAGGUACACCAGACACUUCUGAAUUAACCAGAAGCUUACCUCAGAAAUACAGAAGGAAACCAAUGUCAGAUGAAGAGAUUGAAUAUAUUCAACGUGGAGGUCCAGAAUAGGCAUAGAAGAUAGUUUGGCCCAUGUUGAAGAAUGAAGUAUUAUAUUCACAAUAAAGGCGUUUCCUUAAUAUUAAAAAUUAUUGUAUACUAACAGCUUUAAUAAAAUCCCAUGUGAUGGGUGAGAAGGUUGACACAACACACAAGGCACUGAUUUGUGACCGAGAAGGAUUUUAUAUUGAUGGCUAAUGCAAUUCAAUAUAUAUAUGAUGUCUGCUACAUUAAAAUAUUUUUCUAAUUAGCCAUUUGAAAAGUCAACA